AUGUCACACUCUCCCGAGGAGCUCAAGGGAAUCGCUAUUGCAGGGCGAGUCUCUUCGGUUCUCUCUAUUCUGGGUUCAUUCACAAUAAUCGGCGCUUUCUCUCUUUCUCGGCACUUCAGGAGUCCUAUCCAUCGUAUAAUAUUUUUUAAUGCCUUCUAUAACCUGUUCGACUCUGUCGCCACGAUGAUAUCCACUAGUGGACCUGCAGCUGGAGAUUCUUCAUCCCUAUGUCAAUUCCAAGGCUUUGCUCUUCAGAUGUUUCCAGUAGCUGACGUGCUCUGGACAUUCGCAAUGGCCUUGGAUACAUACCUGGUUGUCUUUCAUCAUUUUGAUACUCAAUCUUUGCGCAAGCUCGAAGUCAAAUACAUUGCUGUUAUUACUACUUUCUCAUUUAUCCCUGCCUUUAUCUUCCUCUUUAUCCACGGCCAUGAAAAAGGUCCUAUAUAUGGUGACGAAACCAUAUGGUGCUCAAUAGCUCGCAACUGGAUGAUGCUCCGCAUAAUCUUCUACUAUGCACCCGUAUGGCUAAUAAUAGUCAUCGUCCUAAUACUAUAUUGUCUCAUCGGUAUCGAGAUAACCAGAGUCCGCGACGAGUUCAAAUUGAGCGAGAACGAUCGUAUCGCUCUGACCUCUGGCAAUUCUACCAGCAGCGUCACGAUGACAACUAUGGAAGCGAACGCUCAGAUAAAACCCGAUCUCACUCCAGAAUCUACUAUAACAAGCGAUACCAUAGAACGGGAUACAUUCCAGCGCCCUCCUGCAUCCAACAAAUUUCCGGCGACUUAUCAGACUCCGAAGCAAAGACGUGUUUCGCUGAGACAAUACGUGAUCAUGCCAUCGCUUUUCUUCCUUGCGAUGUUAGCAACGUGGAUUGCACCUACUAUUAACCGUAUCGCGGAAUUCGUGCAUCAUAGACAUGGAAACUACUCACUUCUUCUCUCUGUGAGUACGUUGGGGUCCCUGCGUGGGUUUUGGAAUGGGGUUAUUUUCAUAACUAUCGGUAUGAAAGGGUGGAAGAGACGAGCUUCGGGGAGGAGAAUGGCUCUCAGGCAGACUAGAAAUGAUCAUGGGUGA